AUGUCUGUUUCAGAGGGCAUAUCCUCGGCGAGGAGCCUGAGCGAGGUCUCCGAGGAUGGUACUGUGAGGUUCGGUAUCGAUCUUGUGGCUGCUGCAAGAAGAAAUCUUGGGUUUUUGAGACACGUGUCCGAUUCCAGCUGGCUCCACCACGAAUCCGCCAUUGUUGAAGCAAUUAGAAGAUACCAUCAGCUGUGGAUGCCGCUGAUUGCUGAUCUAACGGCGGGGAUAAAGCCUCCGAUGAUUCUCCCCCCUCUUGAUAUUGAGUGGGUCUGGUUUUGCCAUACCCUUAAUCCGGCCAAUUACAGAAAUUAUUGUGAAUCAAGAUUCUCGAAAAUUAUCGGCAAACCUGCUAUAUUUGAUGAGGAAAACGAAGAGUAUGCACUGGACAGAUGUAGAGAAAUAUGGGAAUCCAAAUUCCAAACCGACCCGUUUGAAUACGAACCCGAACCUGAACCCGAGCCGGAACAUGGGUCAGCCUCUGUUGUUAGUGAGGAUCUAUUUGAUAUGGUGUGGAAGCUGAGGAAUCUGUACCAAAUAUUUUCGGAACCUUUUUACUGGGAGAUGGUGUAUUUAGUGGCGGCAAGGCAAAGGUACAAAGGUUUUAUUCACAUGGUUCAUAGGUUUGCCGAUGAGUGUUCGUCUUUGUUGGUUCCCACAUCGGAUGUCCUGUUAGUGUGGCUAACUCAUCAGAGCUACCCGACAGUAUAUGCGGCAGAUGUUAACGAGUUCGAGGGAGAUUUCGAUAACAUAGUCGGUCCAUGCGAAACAGUGAAAGAAGAAGAAAUCGAGCAGACUAAAAAGCUUUGGGAGAAAAUUUAUGAUCAACCGUACGAGAAAGCAGGUGGUAAAGCCAUCGGGAGGCCAAUUAUUACCAACGAACCGCCUUUUUACUGGGACGUCACGUAUGCUGACAUCAACACAAGAUACAAGUCUCUCAUGCCGAGGUUCUUGUUCGAGGUCAUUGUAUCUAUGAAACUAACCCCAAACACCAACCAAACCAAAAAACAGAAUCUCGGCAGAUCUUUUUUGCGCCUGCGGAUGAUAAAAUCCCACCGCGAGCUGAAACUCGACACGUCACCAUUGUCCCACUUUACGUCGUCCGCCACCUGGCAGAAGACGUGGCACCUCUACUGCGAGUUCGGGACAAAAGGGCUCGCAGUCGAGCUGCGGCACCGCGGUGGGGCCCACUGCUCGGGCGGCGGCAGUUUCAUUUCCGAGAGCUCGACUUUCUAUUGGAACGACUUGCUACGGGCUCCCUCGCUUGCGUUGGGCCAAGAGAUGGGCCCGUGGAUAUGGGCUUUUGCCUCGAUAACACCACCGGUGCAAGGCCCGUAUUUGCUGAGGUGUGUGCCCGAUCGGGUGACCGAUGACUCGGGGGCAAUGGUGUCGGAUGUGAUCCUCAAGAUGAAUCGGUACCGUCCGCAGGAGGGCCGGUGGCUUUCCCGGACAGUGCUUGAUCAUGCGGGCCGAGAUUGUUUCGUUGUGCGGAUGAGAAUUGGAGAAGGUAUAUGGAGAAGAGGCGGGGAGGCACCUAGGACCGUGAGACGAGAGGAACGGAUUAUCGAGGUAUGCGAGGGUUCGUGGUCUUACGUUGCUGGUUCCAGCUCGAUUGGUAGAUUGCCUGCAGAGAAAGUAGUCGGGACCGCCACACCUCAAGAACCGACCGGUGAGUAUCAAGCUUCGUGGAGCUUCUCGACUGGACACGACUUGUUGAUACAGUGGGACCCGUCAGGAUUAAGACUCGAUCUGCAAAGUAAAUCGCCGUCCGAGCCAACGGUAAAUUUGUUGCAAGGGAGAAAACUGCAAUAUCAAGUCAUGAAGUCCGGUUUUCAAACCGAAGAAAACGAGUUUGUGACCGUGGCCCGAUGCUCGGAGGAAAACCCAACCGGGAAAGCCACGGCUCUCGUGAACUGGAAGCUGCAGGCAAUGGAGGUUCUUCCAGAGGAGGACUCGGUUUUGGUUAUCCUAAUCAGCAUGUGCUUGUUGAGAAGCGUGUCGGAGUUGAAACGAGAGGAUGUUGGGAACCUUUUGGUUCGGAGGAGAAUGAGAGAGGUGAAGGUUGGGGAGAGAGAUUGGGGCUCGGUUUUCGUCCAUCCUUCUUGUUGUUUGUCGGGCUCGACUCUUCAUGCUCGGCCUUGGUAUUGGGAUGCCAAUGCGGUAAUGGCGUCCCAAGUGAGGGAGAAUAAUGCUCAAUUUGUUGCAGGUGGGCAUUCUUCUAGUGGCUAUUCACAGGUUGAAGGUGGGGAUAAGUUGUUUAGAAGUGGGAUUAUUCCUGAGAAAAUUGAAAAAGAAAAAUAA